UUUUCAUAAAGCCUUCGGCUUUCGCAUGUAUACAUAGCAUUCCUUCCUGGACGUAUCGAUUAAAUCGCACUUUAAAAAAGAAUCAAAUCUCCCGCGUAAUGAGGUAUUCCCCAUCGCACAUGCGCAGUACACCAUACAAUACCGGAAGUAAACCCCGGAAAUUUCAUAUCUUUUCUGGCGUUUCGAUGUUACGCACGUGUUGGUUAUUUUACGCUUACUUUCUGGUUAUACCUUUUAAUUUUUUGGUAGGUAAAGUAUACCUUGUUAUUUGUUUUUGUCAUGGAUGAUGUUUUAUCCGCUAUGUCUUCUUCGGAAGAGGGUUUUUCUGGAUUUUCUGAGUCUGACAUGCCUAAAACGUCUAAACCUCCUCGGCGGUCAAAAAAUGUAACGAAGUCUAAAAAACCCAAAGGUAAGUCCUUAAAGUCCACAGUUCAUGUGGUAAAUAAGAGUUCUGGCCAAAUCUCUUCGGAGAAGUCUUCGGACAGGCCAUUAUUAGAUGUUUCGAAGUUGUCAGCCGCUGACAUUGCAUCUCUUAGGAGUUUGCUCGGCAUACAACAGGUGGAUUCGAAUCCUGUUGAUAAUGACGAUGACGUUUAUUUUGCCGAAAAAGAUUUGUCUGUUAGACCUAAUAUUACUGUUCAGGUCGAUGCAGAUAAUGUAUCUGACAAUGAAUAUGCCCCUUUUGAACAAGAUGAUUCUGGUAAUUAUGAACAUGCUGGUGUUCAGUCUAUUCAGACAUAUAGUCGUGAUUCCCUUUCUAGAGGGUUUUCUCAGGCACUUUUUGAUGAUGGUUCGACUAAAAGUGACCAAAAUAACAAUUUUUUAUCUUCGGAUGAAAUUGAUUGGGCUAUGCCAAAAUUGAAGGUUCCUUUAAAAGGCAAAGCUGUUUCUACUAAGUUGGCUGAGCUGAUCAAUACCUCUUGUACAGCUCUUUGCGAUACAGAUCCCCUUACAAAUGAGUAUAAGGUGCCUGAGAACUGCGAAAUGGCUAGCCCACCUUUAGUGAAUCAAGAAAUUUGGAAAAUUUUGGACAAAAAGUCUCAUUUGAAUGAUAAGAUGUUAGUUAACAUUCAAAACUUAGUGGCUACCGGUUUUGGCACAGUAAUUAAAUUAGCCGAGUUGAUUAAGGGUAACAUAUCUCCAGACGCUAAGAAUGUAAUGUGUGACUUGUUUACUGUCCUAGGACAAAUACAGUAUAAUCUUUCUCUUCGGAGAAGAUAUUCUAUUCGGCCAUUGCUUAAAAAGAAGUAUGCUAGUCUUUGUCAAACCUCAAUGCCUGUUACAACUAAACUUUUUGGGGAUGACAUAAGUAAAGAGGUAAAGAAUUGUGAGAGUACAUUGUCCUUAGGGAAUACCUUCAGUCAACAAAGUCCUUUAUAUGGAUUAUAUGGGAGCAAUUUUAGAGGCAGAGGUCGUUUUCCUAGGAAAAGCUAUUCAUCUAGGUUCAUCUCUAGAACUCAGCCUUACCAGUCAAGAGGUCAGUAUAAUAGGAAUAUGCCAAGAUCCAGACCUUUUAGAAGAUCUGUACCUACUGCAACUGCUACAGCCCCAAACGAUCAGGCUUAAAUAAGGUAAGUUCAGUUGGAAAAAUAAAAUUACAUUUAGACCAAUGGAAAAAAUACACAAAUGAUCCUUGGAUUCUAGGAGUAGUUUCUGGUUAUAAAAUUGAUUUUGUAAAGAAACCUUUUCAGAAUAAAAUACCUAAAGAAAUUCCUUUUGAAGGUGAACAGUGGAAAUUGUUAAUGAUGAAGUUGAAUCUCUUAUUAAAAAAAGGUGCCGUUUUGCAAUCUUCUCACCAGUGUAACGAGUUUAUCUCUACUUUAUUCAUUGUUGCUAAGCCUAAUGGUAAAUUUAGGCCAGUCAUUAAUCUUAGAUAUCUCAAUGAAUUUGUAUGUUAUAAUCAUUUCAAACAAGAAACAUUUAAUAUUGUUUUAGAUCUGAUACAGAGAAAUGAUUACUUUACAAAAGUUGAUUUGUCUGAGGCAUACUUUUCUGUUCCUAUACA